AUGGAGAAAGAAAAGCUUUUGAAUAUUUUGGAAAGGGAACUGAAGGAAUAUGGAGAUGAAGAGAUGCUGGUGCUGUACCACCAGUUUUACAUGUCUGCGGAAGCAAACGAUAGGAACAUUGCGGAGAAUGCGUUCAGCAAGUUGAUUCACCAGAUGAAGAGCUUCUUUGUCAUUUAUGACAAACGGAGCAAGGGAGACCUCAUUGAAAAGGUGAAGAACUCGUUCAAGGAGGAGAGCAACGAAGUUAACAUAAUAGACGUGCAGCAGGGAGACGAUGGCGAUAAGGAUGACUCGGGGGAGAUGUACACAAGUGAAGCGAGCCACACAGAUGAAGCGAGUCACAUAGAUGAAGCCAGUAACAUGGAUGAAGCCAUUCCCACAAACGAAGGCAAUUACCUAAACGAAGGCAAUUGCCCAAAUGAGGACAACCACUCAAAUGACAGCACCAUGGACGAGAGUGACCACGCGCCAGAGAAAAAGCACAUCAGGAAAAAACAGUCCACAGAAGUAACCCUACCCAAAUUCAGAAACCACUCUUCCUUUGUGAAUUCCAAUCUUUUCGAAAAUAUAAACAUGGAAGAACAGCAGUGGGAAGUAGAAAUUUUAGACUUGUACAAAAUGAGCCUAGAAAUAAUAGGAAAGGAAGAAAAAGAGGAAAAAAUAAAUGAACGACAUUUUUUCGAUACCUUCCAAUAUUUCCUGAAUUUAUUAUGUCUGUUAUAUUUUUUAAAAAAUGUUUACUUUGAUCUAAAUUACAAGACGAAUGAGAAUUCCUACUCAUUUUUAUUCAAAGGAUUUGAAGAGAGAAAAAACAAAGUGAUAAAUUAUUUUUCUUUUUUAAAAAAAAUAAGACUGCAUAAAUUAUUGGACAAUGAAGUGGUCAAAAUAUUUUGUAACUUUUUUCAGUAUACUUAUAUUAAUGAAUAUCUAAUCAGAAACAUAUUUGACACGUCCAUGAAUACUUUUCUCUUCACUGCUGUCAUGAAUUUUAAAAAUAAUUAUGUAGUACAUGAUGGGGAGGGCACGAGCACAAAUGUGCCUUUAGCAGGGGAGAACGUCAAUGUGCACACCUAUUUAAACAAAGGUGGAGUCAUAACUUCAGAGGGACUACUACCCGACUUCAGUGGGGUAAAUACCCUCAGCGCAAAUAAUUUCACUGCUGAUUUAUCCUCAGUGAAUGUGAAACAAGAAAAUGGUGACCAUCCCCCAAGUGAACUAAAUGCUGACCAAAGCAAUUGGAACGCUGCUAUCCCAGUGGGGACAAGCCCAAUGGAAGGAGAAAUAAUAAAAAAAGAAUAUAACAUGAAGGAAUCAAAACAAAACAAUUCCUACACAAAAGAAGAUUCUACGAACAAAAGGAAUCAGGAAGAUUAUCUAAACAAAGAAUUAAAAAACUUUUUUAUAUCAAAUAAUACCUUACCCAAGGGAAGCAAAAAUUCCUUUGUACAAAUUAUUUACCAGAAUGAAGUUGAUCAUGAUAUUUACUCAGACCAAACAAUCAAUGCUUUAUUUUAUUUUUUUAAUAACCCAUAUUUAAUUUUUUCCUUCCAUAAAAAUGUUUUAUAUUAUAUUGAAAAAAAAAGCAAAGACAAGGAUUUCUUCCACUUACACAGAAAUGCUCAUGCGUUGAUUAAAUAUCUCAACUAUUGUGUAACCACGAUGUCCAAAAUCUUCCACAUUUUUAUUUGUGCUGGAUUGUUUUUUAAUGAUAAUAUUUUCGAACAAGAAAGGAAUAAAUAUUUAAAUUUUUGUAGUUUGCUCAAUUUUAAUAAUGUGCCUUUGGACCAAGCGGGUGAUGAUUACAGUGAAUAUAAUCGAGCCAAGUACAGUGGCAGCGUGAGGAGCUCUUCUAGCUCGGCUGAUGACCGAGGAAGGAACAGAAGAAGGGGAAGCUUCUCCACAGAAAGCAGCACCAGUAAUACACUUCGGGAAAGCGGGUCUGAUGUGGGGUCCACGGAUAAGAGCGUCGGAAGGAGGUGCAGCAGCAGGACCAGGACCAGCACUACUACCUCUGCCACCACGGCCAGUGCAACUGACAUGAGGGGUGGUGCCAAUCUACAAGAUUUCAACAUUGUCAAAUAUUUGAUAAAAUACAGAAGCGUCGUUGGAAAUUUCUGUCAAGAUGACUUCAACCGCAAGGAUAGCUUCGAGAGUGAAGGACAGAUGAAGGAUGUGUUGGACUCCAACUCAUAUGAGGGCGGCAGAGACGGGAGAAGGGCAUACCAUAGAGGAAGCUACAGUGGAGAUAGUCUCAGCGACAGUGGGGGAACCUCCACCAAUGGGGGGGGAAGCGGAUACCAGGAGAGCAAGUACGAGGAGAGCGACAAUGUGCACAGCGAUUCGGGUAGCAGAAGCGGCAGCCAAGGAAGGGGCGGCAGUCGGGGUAAUUCCCCAAGCAGCGAUGACGAACGUAGUGAUGAUGAAGGUAGUGAUGAGGAACGUAGUGAUGACCAACGUAGUGAUAGCCAAUACAGUGAUGGCCAACCCAAACGGGGCAAGAAAAAAACAAAGUCUAAAGGGUCACCAAAUCGAUUCAUCACCAAGGACGGAAUAUAUCAACACGAGUACACGAACAAAAAUAUCUUUAACGACAUUUUGAGGAAAGCCAAAAAAAAAAAAAAGUUCUAUCAAGUUAUAAGCAAUAUAAACAAGCUGAAAAAUUCAUUUGACGUUAACAAGAUAAAUAAAAACAAAAUGAUCAAUCUGGAUUAUGUAGAAAAUGUCGACACCAUAUCGUACUUUAUCAGUUUGUACAACUCGGAUAAUAUAUUUCAGUUCGAUUAUUACUUUUUAAAAUUUAUUACCGAGAUAGCCACUACUUAUAAUAGCUACAUGAAGGCAUAUUUAAUUCCUUCGCAGAGGACUGCAAGGUAUAGGAAAGACGAGUUGGAGAAAAUGACAGAUGAAAUGGAAUAUUUCCUCAAAGAAAUGACCAAAUUGAUUUAUGUUUACACGUGGUGUAUUCUGCACAUAUUUGGGCAUUCCUACUCUUAUGUGAAGUAUGCAAAAUAUUUUUAUCAAAAGAAAUCCUUCUUCCUUUUGGAAAACAAAAAACAAUGGGUGUUUAAAAACUUCAGUUAUUUUGCGGGCGAAUCGGGGACCCCCUUCCGCGGCAGUGGUGACGCGGAUAAGGGGGAGGACGGUGCUGGGAAGCGUGACAGCUUGGGGAGUGAAAUUAACCUAGUAAGCGGUGCCAACGUGGGACGAGGAAUAAACAUGGGAAGCGGCACCAAUCAAGACAUCCACAUGAACCACUUCUUCAGCCCGCACCAUGUGGUAGAAAACCUAAAGUACAAUUAUGAGCUAAAGAAGAAUACAAACCAAUUUAACAAUAUCAAUUGCGCUGAUCUGAUACAGAUUUACAAAAACUCCUACUUCCAGAACAUUGUCGAUAAGCUACACCUAAAUUUGAAGUUCAUAGAAAAUAUUCACUUCACGCUGAAUAACGCACUGAAGAACAUAUGUAACUCCAUAGACAAUUUAAAAAGAAACAUAAGCAAGUAUAAGAGGACUUUUCACUACUGUUUAAAUUUUAAUAACAUAAAAAAUGUCAUAGUCCUCACUUUGGAAGAAAUGAGCAUGAACUCGGAUAAACUGGAACUGAACAAAAUGCUCAAUGAGUACCUUAACAAGCUAGAAAACCGAGGACAGAUAAAGAAAAGGCAAAAAAAAAUUAAUGUGAAAAUUAUUGACAAUAAUAUCGUCCUUGAUACCAAUCCGAGGAAGAAAAGAAGAAGACAUGAUGGAGGCAAAGGUUACAAAAAAUAUAACGCAAAUGAUAUUAUGGGUAAAAAAGGAGGAAGGAAAAAUAGGAAAAGCUCCAGUGAUCGGAAUAGCAGCACUUCGAGUUUGUUUCUUCAAGUCCCAAAUGGAAGGAACACAAAGACGAAAGAUACAGCUAUGAGUCCGAACGAGACCCAUAUCGAAAGCAACGCUGUUGUGAGGAAGGGACAUAGGAAAGAUGAUAAGGACUUGCACAGUUUUACUGAUAAUGAGAAUUACUACGAUGGCGGGGACAUAAAUCAAAGUUGCACGAAGAGCGAUUAUAGCUCGAGGCACGCGAAUAAUGAUAGUCAUCGCGGUACGCAUGGACACAGGGCGAACGGACAUUCCACGAGGGACGCCACGCACGAAAGGGGGAGCAGGAGCCCCUAUUACGACAGCACCAUCAGCACGAGUAGCAGCGGGAGAGGCGACAGUGGCAGUGUUAGCAGUGGCAGCAGUGAUCACGCGGCGCGAGCGCAGAAGAACCUGCAUAGAGGUGUCAAGCGGAGAGAGAAGCGUAGAGCAGAUAAGGGAACGCCACUGCGGGGGAAAAACAAUCAAAACGAACAGAACGAAUCGGGUGAAAACAUCCUGAUGAUGAACGAGUACAACACAGAAAGGCUAGUUUUCUUUUUCAAUUUGUUAAACGGAAAUAAUUUGUUUUACUACCUAGCACUUCACUACUUAGUAAAGAAUGAAAAAAUCAUGGACAUCCUCCAUUUCUUCCCCCUCAAGUAUCUCCUGGACUUACUCAUCCUGUACGAUUUGAAGGACUACAUAAAGUUCAAAACGAUUAUCAGGGUGUUUAGAAUUAUAUAUGAAUUUAAAGAUUUUUGUCCCACGGUCCGGAACCAUCUCUUUUUUAAUAGAAAGAAUUAUUAUCUGGACAACGCCGAUUUUAUGAAUUUCGAUUUUGUGUGUAAAUUUUUAACCAUCAGUAAGAAGGACCUCUUGGUGAAGAAGCAGAUGGGUAUUUAUAGGACAUCCCGGGGGGAUACCUACGACGGUAUAUUCCUACCGCCCAGUGUGGUGAAGACAAAUGAAGGGGGGGAAAAUAACGCUAUAGAGGAACGGGAGCAUUCCUUUUCCGAUGGGGAGAACACACAACAGAGAAGAUCAAUCAGGAAAAGAGAAAAAGGAAAGGAAAACGAAAAAGAAAAAAGUGUCACAGAUAACCUUUUACAUUAUCUAAGAAACACCUUCUCCGUCCUUAACCUGAGGAAUACAGUUAAAAGUUUUCCAACUUUGAUGAAAAAUUUACUCAACAGAAUUUUAAUAAGUAUAAUAGGAAAAUAUAGCUACCUAAGCAACGAACAGAGUCACAGGGAACAUAAAAAUAUAACUUAUUAUGCGCUCCGAUUUAUCUUCAACAACUUAAAGAGUGUAACUCUGGGAUAUAGCAAGUCUUCUUUUUUCAAUUACACCAUUAAUGACCCAACAGAACUUUAUAACAUGAGCAUCCAUAAUUUUAUCCUGUAUCACAUAUACGAAUUGGCUGUAGGAACGAAAGAAUUGACCAUCAAAAGCUCCUGCUUCAAAUUGUUAAAGUAUUUGCUAACAGAAUAUUAUUACUACCCAGAGGUUUUUAAUGAAAAGGCACAUGAAUUAAUAAAUUCAGAUAUAAAAAUUAAUAAUUUGUUUGUAAAAAAUGUCAUUCUCGAUUUUGUCUCCUUCAACAUUAUGAUAUGUCAUCUCCAAAAAGAAUUAACUUCAGAUGUUAACGUCUUGAACCAUCUGGACCUUUUCAAUUACUCCAUUAAAUCAAUUGCCAACUAUUUAAUAGGGUAUAAAAAUAAUUCCAUGUUUUUUCUCAUGGAUAAGAAGAUGGUAAAAUCUCUUCUCAUCAAGUUAACCUUCAUGAUGCCAUUCAUUUAUAAAUUAAAAAUUCCUGCAUGUGUUGUUAGACUCUACAUUCGAGUUAUCAAAUCAUUGGACAAGGAUAUCCUAGACAUGAUUCACAAUUUUAAUAAGAUAGAGCUCAUAUACGACAGCUUGUUCUAUAUCAUCAUACGCCAUUUUAUUUACUUCUUUUUGAAUAUGAAUAUUGAAUUAGAUGAGGAGGCCUCCAGCAUUUUGCCUUCCACUUAUAAGAGCGGAUUUGCGAGGAAUACCUAUUAUGGUGGUAGCCAAAUUAGGGUAACCAACGAAGGGGAUCAGCCAAGGGAUGGCCAACCCAGCGAAAACAAGAGCGACAAUGGGGACUUUUUUGACAAUUUGGAGGAAGAAGAUGAGGGUGAAAAACACGAAGUGAGAGGACAGUCACCACAGGGAAAUAAGAGGUACCUCACCGUGGAGGACGCGUACGGUCAACAGGAGCAGGAGCAACACUCCAGCGACAGCGAGGGGGAGGUCGACCAUUCCAGUUCGGAGCACUCCGGUGGAGCGGACAGCGGCGCUAACACUGAAGGGGGCAGAAGCGGAACUGUUAGUGGUGACGAUAGCGCGAGUAGAUCCGGCGGAGCUAACUCUGGCCGGAGUACCCCGAGUGAUAGCGACGGAGAAGAACGUGGAAGCGCUUUGCACUACGCCGCCGAAGGGAUGGAAAACCCAUGCAACGCAAACAGCAUGUCAGAUGUCCAGUACCUCCGAAAAAUCAUAAGCGAAAACGGAACCUUCAAUUUGGAAAAUAACUACUUUAUUAAUUACUCCCUGUACAUCCUUCACAAGGAGCACUAUUCUAUAUACGUUUUUUUUUCCUCCUUUUUUAAAAAUGUGCUCAAGGAGUAUAGGGAGAUAUCGCGUGGACGCUCAUGA